GAGAGAGUCGCUUUUUCGUAUCCAUGCCGAUGGAAGUUUAUUUUUGAAAUUUCCGACACACAUUUUCCCCAUUUUCCACUCCCAUCUCCGCGCGGCAUUUAAUAAUUCAGUGCCUGUUUACCCUUGUCCUUCUAUACCCACAUACAGUAGUAGGUACUACCGGUCAACUAUCGGCAUUUUCCUUCCACUUCCCGUGCAUCGUGGUGGUCAUUGUGAAGAAGUUUCUUUACAUUUCGUGCGCUCAAUUGUACGUGAUUUAAUAAAAAAUAAAUUAUGGGCACACUCAUCAACUUCCCACAGACAACUCAUCAGCAAGUUGUGCAUUUAAUGAGCAACUUGGCGGAGAUGGUGAUCAAGGAGCCACCCUGUGAUAUCUACGUCUUUGCACAGAAAUACUUCGAGGGGCUCCUCGUGGAGCGGGAUGGUGGUGAGGACAGGGAGUAUGAGACGCUGAGGUAUUGUGCGAUGCUCAUUAAAAAAUCCCCUCAAGGUGAGAUGAAUUUUGAGAAGAAAAUCACGCAAAGGAGACGAAUUGAUUUUAUCGGGCUCUACCGGAAGCAUUCUGAGGAGCGAAAAAAUCCCCCAGGAGGUCUCCAAGACAACGAUGAUCGAUUUAUUGACCGUGAGGUGGGAUGUUUGCCAGAAAUCCCCAAGGAAACCCAAAAGGAGGAAGAAGAAGGAAGUAUCGCUGAUAAAGAGAUUUCAGAGGAAAAAACUCUAAAUGGGCAGGAAGAGGAAAUUUUGGGAGUUGAAAAGAAGGAAUUCAAGGAACUUGUGAAUAAUGAAGGGAAAAUGAAAAUUUCUGAGGACGAAAAAGAAACCUUGGAGGAGCAGGAAGAGAAGAAAAUCCCAAGUGAGCAGGAAGAAAACAAAUUGGACGUUGAAGAAGGAUUCACGGAAAUUCCUGAUGAUGAAAACAAUGAAAUAAUAAUUGAUGGGGAUGUAAAAGAAAUUCCGAAAGAAAUCUUAAAUAAACUGGAAGAGCAGAGAGCUCAAAAUGAUCAGGAAGAUCAGAGAAUUCAGAAUAAACAGGAAGAACAAAAAUUGCAGAAGGAACAGGAAGAAGAGAAGGAAGCGCAGAAUGGGCAAGAAGAUCAGAUUACCCCAAAAGAAGCCAGAGAAAAGCCCCCAAAGCCUCACAGGGGACCUCUAAAGUUAUAUCGGGAACUUCAACAAAAUAGCUUCGAUGCAAUUGCAGAAGAUGACGAACUACAAAUGAAACCUGAUUCCCAGGAACAUACUCAAGAAGUUACUCAGAAAAUUACCCAGGAUAUCACUCAGGAAGCAAUAACAAAUGAUGAAGAAUUCACCGAUAACAAUCACCUUGAAUUAAUCCCAAAAAUUCCCUCUCAGGACGUCCUAAUUGUCAAUCAAAUGAUUCAAAUUUUCCUACCAAACUCCAUGGCAACUUCCUUUGGGGAAAUCCUCAAGGAAAAGGAUCUGGAGGAGGUUGAAUUGAUACCAUACAGAAGCCAAAAUCAUGCUCACCCCGUGAAAUUCUCAAUUCUAGCUUGGAAUGACUAUGGGAUGGUAUUUUCUGUAGAAUGUGGAAAUGAUUCAUCAGAGGUGAUUGUUUUCCUGCUGAGAAUGCCAAAUGAGGAGGAAGCUCACAAUGGGGAAAGUCCCUUGCUGAAGGCAAUUGAAUAUGGAAAGGAGAGCCCAAAGUUUGAAGUUGAUUCAGAGAUUUUUCGGGGAUUUCUCAUGAAAUUCUUGGAUUCUUUCUACCCUCAUGGGGCGUAUCAGCAACUUACUUUUGCUCCUUUUGCCAGAGCUGAAGGUCCAGAGGACCCUGUAGCUAAUCCAUCGGAAAUGUUAGCUCUGGAGUAUAAAGAAACAACAGAGAUUCAUCAAGAAAUCAAUUCUCAACUUGAAGAAUCUUCAGGAAACUCUCCGGAGAUUGAAAGUUUCCACAAAGCAUCACCAAGUGUUGAGAAAUCUCUGGGAUUUUUUCGUUUAGGUAAUGAAGGAAGAAGAUGCAAUGAGACUCACCAGCUAUUCCGUCCACGUAGUGCUCCAGUAGUUCCCAAAGUGCCCAAACAUCUCCGUCAGCGUGUCAAGAGUGCAAAGUAAUUUUUGUAGAUCCUUUUUUUUUCACUGGAUAUUUAAUAAAUAAAGUAACACUAUUUCCG